AAACCUCUCAACCCAGAAGAACACACCACACUAACAAAUUAAUACGUCCCUACGUAGAUAGCGUAGAUAGUAGAUAAUAGAUACAUAAGAUAUAGAUCACGGCCAUGGCCACGGAGAUCCUCCGUCCUCGAGCCGUCCUCGCCUCCGUUCCUGCUCGCAUUCGACAUAAUUAUCGGAGACCGCAGUCGAAUUCCGAUCCCAAAUCCAAACCACCCUUCCGAAAAUCGUCUCCGAAGCCGCCUGCGGCCGACGCAGCAGCUGCAGCUGCGACGGCGGCGAAAAUCAUAAAGUAUAGGAAGACAAAGAUGGAGGAGAUGUAUGCCGGGUCGGCUUUCUCCGCCUCUCCGGCCCCCAGCUCCGUCCCGCUCCCCAGCUUCCGCGUAAGUCGGAGAGAACCGUCUUCGUCGUCGUCGUCGUCGUCGCCGCCGCCGCCGGAGAAGCAAGCGGUGGAUUACGCCGCCACGCGGGAUCUGAGACGGAUCCUGCGGUUGUAGAGAUUGAUCUUCGAGUCAUCGAGAUCGAAAAAGAGAGACGAUCGUAAUGAUGAUUCGGUUCGAAUUUUUAGCAGACGGCGGGGCAUCCCAAGAAGAGAAUCCAAGAAGUGGGAAAUAAUUAUUAGCACAAAAAAAAAAAAAAAAGCACGAAUUUCAAAGCGCCGCGUGAUUGGUCACAGCCCUUAAUUGAAAUGUACCGUGUUAGAAAUAAAUAGGGAAAGAUUAGGAGGAGUUUGUUGCAAUUUGCGGCCCCUAAUUAAACUCCCUAAUCAUUAAUAAUUGGAUGCUUAGUAUUUGUAGCUGGGUUUUAGCUGGAGGAGGAGUUUAUUAUUGGUGUAAAUUAAUGUUUCUCUUUUUACACUUAUUAGUUUGUGUAGUAAACGUAAAUAAUUCUAGUUUAAAAUAAUUUCAACAUUUCUUGA